UGAACUUGACUGCGUACUCAUGUGCCUGAAAGUUGACCAUGGCAGACUUACCAAUUGGUCUUGGAACUGCAACCCAGUGGAAUGGACCAGUCGCUCAUCCGUCGACUGGUCGUAAACAGCAACUGUGCACACGCUUACAGCCGAUCGACGUCCAUUCGUCUGCUAUUCACUGCAGCUUAGGGAGUUGGUGCCUCGAAAAUGCUGCUGUACCUAGCUCGUACCAGGAAACAUACCACUUUUCUGGGGACAGUCAGUCCCCGAUAGUUCGUCAACCCUCUGACGCCGCUUUGAGUCGUCGCCACCAGCAAAUGUCUGCACAGAAUUGGACUCAACAGAUGGACAGCUAUAGCUACAGCAACCAGCAGCUACGUCAGUGCGAUGCCACGUCAAAUGUUAGUGGGAGUGCAGACUCUUAUUCCGGUCAGGCGCUCUCUGAUCGUACCGCAUACACUUGUGACGAAGCUGAACUCCUGGACAUCCUAGAGCAGAUGCCAGAACUGUUAGCAAGCGUGCAACAGGGGAAAAUUGCUACUGACCCCGUCGCAAAUAUUGAAACCAUGAAAACGAACUUGAAUUUUGUGGACGGCUGCGUCUUUUCGGUCGUACAUCCAACCGUUGCUCCUUUAUCUUCUACACGUCCACACUACAUGUGGGACUUUGCAGUAGAACGCUCCUACAUAGACAGCUCAUGGUUGUUCAGUUCUACACUCGAGCUGCCCGGCAAACCGCCUGUCCUCACUAUCAUUCGCCAACCGCCACCGGUUCAUCGAGCUCGUUACGAAAAGGAAUCAAAGAGUGGUGCCAAAGGUUUGCUGAAAACGAAAACCAGAGAACCAAUUGUUAUUGAGUUGGAAAAUGUGGCACAAGGUGCUGGAGAUGUGACUGUGAUCAUUAGUACGGUCACAAUCAAGGGAAUCAUACAUCCGUACGUCUACCCAUCAUGCUUUGGUCGCGGUAUGCCAUCCGACUGGACCAAAGAUGAGAAAAAGCGAAUUGUUACGAUCGCGUUGAAAGAAAAAGAUGGAUACAGAAAAAGUUUGUCGUUCUUAGGGAUAAAACGCAAGAAGUUGGAACUCAUCGAUUUGACAUGUCACAAGAAAAACGAGCUUGGUCACUUUCGAGUUGUGUUUGAAGUUGCAGUCCCUUCGACGUCUCAAGAAUUCAUACCAGUGACUGCAACUACGCAACCUGUCCGCAUUUUGUGUCCCAGUACAGCUACAAAACUUCGCAAGAACAGUAAUGAGGAGGACUUAAGUCUGUAGAAGCAGAAUUCUUCAGGUGUACGAUAUGUAGUUAUGUCAAGUACUGCAAAUAUCAUUUUUAUAAGAUCUGAUUAUCGUUCUUUGUUUGUGUGUGUUUCAUUUGUAUAUAUUGAGGACUCUAGAGGGUUACACACUUUUUAUUUGUUUUGGCUUUCUUAGCAACGACAUUGGUCAAUUGAAUCUACUUAGGUUACACAAGAUUUGUACAAACUUGUAUGAAUAGGUAUAGUGUAUUAUGAAUGGAUGAAGCUAAUUGGA